GCUGUUUCUUACGGGUCGACUGGCGUGGCGACAAUGCCGAAGCGUCAAGGAAACACCUUCGUCCAGGCCAGCGACGACACGCAGGCGAGCAUGAAGAAUUCAAACUGCAUUUACAAAUACGUGCUCGUUGGCCAGGAGCUUUCUGAGAAGCUCCGUGGUCAAAGGAUGCUUCGGUGCGUGUUCUGCGGGAACGAGUGGCAAGGGAACAGGCAUGGCGCGGCGCGACAUUUUCGUAGCGUGAAGGGAUGUUCGCAUGUGACCGACGAAGCUCUUAUGGAGAUGCAUUACACGAGCGGUUACGCAUUUGAGGGAAAGUGGUUAGAGCGGAUCCACAAGUACGAGGAGCUUCACGGUCCUUGGGUGGAUGAGGGGAGGACUGGCGGGGGUCAGGCGCAGACGCGGGCGACGUCCAACGCCCCAGUCAGAGCCCGACAACAGGGCGAUGACGUCGUCGAUUUGGAUGGCGAGGGAGAGGAUUGCGGGGCCGCAGGGGUUAAGGGGGAGGUCGAGGCUGCAUACUCACAGCCCUCAGGCAAGUUGCCGGUCCGUGAGGGUGGUUCGAAUUCAGGGAAGAGGAAGGGUGUGGUUGGUGUGACGAUGGAGCAGGGGAAGAAGAUGAGGCAGCCGGGGAUAAAAGAGGUGUUUGGGUCUGACUGGGCUGUUCAACACAGGAAGUUGUGGUUGCACUUCAUGUACAAUAACCAACUUCCCUUCAACAUCUUUCGGAGCCCGACGUGGAAGGCGUACACUGCACACUUCAGGGACAAACCCGCUUCAGUCCCCGUGGUAUGGCCUUCUGAAAACGAAGUCGCAUCGAUGGACACAAUGCUUGAGACGGCGACGAACGUUGUUGCGGGUCUCAAAGACAUACAGGAGCCGUUUGACUGCAUAGGGGCGACGAUCAUGUCCAAUGGUAGGAAGUCUCGUGAUGGGAAACCCAUCGUGAACUUCCUUGCAGCCGGUGCUCGAGGAGUGAUGAUGAAUCGCACCCUCAACAGGGAGGGUGAGAAAGAUGAUGCGCUUGCAGUGUUGGGGAGGUGGAUAUCGGUUUUGCACGACUUCGGACCCGACAGGGUUAACGCCAUUUGCACAGACUCUGCGUCUGCCUACGUAAAGGCAGGCAACGCUUUGGCCCAUCCUCACAUGCGGCCUGAGUACAAACGGAUUACGUGGCUUCCCUGUGCUGCGCAUGUGUGCAACAAAUUGUUGUCGGACAUCGGGACAGCGGGCCCGUGUUGGUGGGACUCCAUGGAAGUCAUCAACCCACACUUUGACGGCAGAUCCGGUAUGGGAAUCGUGAGACGAUGUCUCGACAGUCCUUCACCGAACUCCUGGAAGAGGGCAUUCGCGAAAGCGACACGGAUGGCGGCGUGAACCUUUCAUUCGGGAUGUGUGGAGGGAGCUCAUCGACCGCCACACGAACUGUCGUCGUCAACCCACACUUUGACGG